GCAUACUGGCUCACUCACCCAGUGUAGCAUUCUGCGUGAAGCCGAACGUGUUUUUGAACACUAUCAAAAAAGUGUCAAGUGUGUUACAUCACUUUAAAUUUUGUGAUCACAUUUGCAAAACCUCAAAAUGAGCGCCUGGAGACAAGCAGGUCUUAAUUACAUAAACUACUCCAGCAUCGCCGCUAAGGUUCUUCGCAAGGCCUUAAAGCCAGAAUUCCGUGCAGAUGCGUUGAAACGUGAUGUAUCUCACGUAAGAAUCACACCUUGGGCUAAUGGCAGGCCAGCACAUCUACAAGAAGCUGCCAAGUAAAGGGAGGAACCAUUUGUGAUCAUGCAUGAAGAUCAGUAAAUCUAUUUAAAUGUUAGCUUUAACUUAAUAAAUCAAUUGUUCUUUAUUGAAAUUGUUUUAGUGAGUACUUUAAAAUUGUGUCCGUCAAGAUGGCUG